AUGAAAUUAAUUAAUGAUGAAGGUGAUAGAACACUGACCCUGAAACAAGUAGGCAAUCAGCCAUAUCAUUGUGACAUCUGUGGAAAAUCUUUCUCUGGAAAUAGCACAUUAACUACUCACAUACGAACUCAUACAGGUGAGAAACCAUAUCAGUGUGAUAUCUGUAAUAAAUCUUUCUCUGAAAAACGUAACUUAACUACUCACAAGCGCAUUCAUACAGGUGAAAAACCAUACAGGUGUGAUAUUUGUGGGAAAUCGUUCUCUGUGAAAAGUACCUUAACUACUCACAGACACAUUCAUACAGGUGAGAAACCAUUCCACUGUAAUAGCUGUGGCCAGUCUUUCUCUGUAGGUAGUACAUUAACUAAACAUAAACGUCUUCACACAGGAGAGAAGCCAUAUCACUGUGAUGUCUGUGGCCAAUCAUUUAUUCGAAAUCUCCAGUUAAUUAUUCACAGACGUAUUCAUACUGGAGAGAAACCCUGUCACUGUGAUAUCUGUGGUGAAUCAUUUUCUCAGAGAAAUGCAUUACUUGAACAUAGACGAAUUCAUGUAGGAGAGAAACCAUUUCGUUGUGAUAUCUGUAGAAAAUCAUUCUUUCAAAAUGAUCUCUUGACAGUACAUAAACAGACUCAUACACAGGAGAAGCCACACCAUUGCCUUAUCUGUGGUAAAUCGUUUUCUCGAAGUAAUGAUUUAACAACCCAUGAACGCAUCCACACAGGUGAGAAACCGUAUGUCUGUGACCUCUGUGGUAAAUCAUUCUCUCAUUCAAGUGCUUUAACUAAACACCUGCGUAGUCAUACGGGGGAAAAGCCAUAUCACUGUAAUGUCUGUGGUAAAUCAUUUGCUCAGGCAGGUACUUUAAUCGCACACCUGUGCGUUCAUACAGGUAGAAAACCACACACCUGUGAUAUUUGUGGAAAAUCAUUCUAUCGUCAAAGAACUUUAACUAAACACGUGCAUAUUCAUUCAAGAUUUAAAAAUAUAUAGUUACAAUUAUCAUCAUCAUUUAAUGUUUGUUUUCUAUGCUGGCAUGGGUUGGACGGUUUGACUGGAGCUGGUAAGCCAGUGAGCUGCACCAGGCUUCUGACAUUUAUUUUGGCCUGGUUUUUACACCUGAGAGCUCUUCCUAAUACCACUUGCUUUACAGAGUGUACUGGGAGCUUAUUACAUGGUGCUGGCAUGGGUGCUCUUUAUGUGACGCCGGCACAGGUGCUUUUUAUGUGGUGCCAGCACUGUUUCAGUAUCUAAAUCAGUGGUUCUCAACCAGGGCCCAUAUGGCCUCUGAGGGUCCAUAUAAGACUUUUGAGGGUCCACCAAACAAAAUAAUAAAUUAGUGAUCCACACUAAUAUUUUAAGGGUCCCUGAAUAACUUUUGCUUUAGAUGUGUCUAUUGGUAUUUUAUUGCAAGAGACAGCCAGGUUUCUUUCUCCAACAUUUUACAUUGUUCAACCAACACAAGUAAAUGUGUGAAAAACAAAAUAGGAAUUUUGAAAGAAGUUUCUAUAAAACUAGGUUUUAAACAUCGAAUGGCUAUGCCCAAGAUAUCACCAUAUUUUCUCAGUUUUUAAUCAUCUCAGCUGUAAAUUCUAUAAUCCAGAGUUCCUACUUCAUCACUGUUAAUAUUUUUGAUAUUGGUUUCAAAUUUUGAUGCAAAGUUGUAAUUUUGGUGGAUGAAGCAAGUCAAUUGCAUCAACCCUUGUGUUUAACUGGUACUUAAUUUAUCAACCCCAAAAGGACGAAAGGCAAAGUCGACCUCAGUGGAAUUUGAACUCAG